CAGGUGUUCUCCCUCUGGCUCCCUAUGUCCUAUCACCAGGAGGAUUUCUUCAAAGAAUCCCUCAAGAUGAUGGCGAAUAUUAUCGUCCUGAACUUGCUCAUUUGUAUUUCACUGGUCUUCUGGAUCGUGUCCAUGACGGCAAGUACGUACUACGGUACUUUACAACCCAUUUCUCCAUGGCGUUGGCUUUUUUCAAUCUUGAUUCCACUAAUGAUUGCUACACAGGGUUUUAAGAAGAAGAGUCUUGAUCACAGUGGUGCAUUGGGAGGAUUGGUGGUUGGAUUUAUCCUUACAGUUGCAAACUACAGUUUCUUCACUUCUUUGUUUGUAUUUUUUGUUACUUCUUCAAAACUUACUAAGUGGAAAAAAGAUAUAAAGAAGCAAAUAGAUUCAGAAUACAAAGAAGGUGGACAGAGGAAUUGGAUGCAAGUAUUCUGUAACGGAGGUGUUCCUACUGAGCUGGCUGUCUUAUAUAUGAUAGAAAAUGGACCAGGUGAAAUUCCUAUCGACUUUUCAAAGCAAUACACAGCCUCAUGGAUGUGCUUAUCCCUUUUGGGAGCUUUGGCAUGCUCUGCUGGUGAUACAUGGGCUUCAGAGAUUGGUAGUGUUAUGAGUAAAAGCAAGCCGAGGUUGAUAACAACCUGGGAAAAGGUUCCAGUAGGUACUAACGGAGCAGUUAGUUUCGUGGGCCUGCUUUCAAGUUUGCUUGGGGGCAUGGCAGUAGGUGUAGCCUACUUUGUAACACAGCUCAUUUUCGUGACUGAUCUGGAAAUGUCUGCUCCGCAAUGGCCCGUUAUUGUGUUUGGUGCAGCAGCUGGCUUCUUGGGGUCAAUUGUUGAUUCAUAUUUGGGAGCUACGAUGCAAUACAGCGGUUUUGACCGGAAUAUUGGCAUGGUUGUCAACCACCAAACAAAAGAUUCCAAGCACAUAUCUGGAAAACCUAUAUUAGACAACAACACAGUAAAUCUUUUUUCUUCUAUAAUCAUAGCUUUGGUGCUUCCAGGGAUGGCGUGGUUUUUCUGGCCCAGGCGUUGAAGUGCUUUAAGGUUUUCUGCAUGUGAUUCUGUUAAGUUCAGUCUUACUUAAAGACUCCGAAAAGUUUUCUUUGAACUCUCUUGAAGAGAGGGAUCUGAAACUUUCAGAGAGCCAAAGGACUUUCCAUCUCAGCUUCUUAAGGCUAUAAGCUUCAUAUGGCAAUUGGCAUCGGUCAGGGCAAGGAAGGGAUUUUGUCAAUAUGCUCUUGCCGCUC